AUGAAACUUACAAUUUCAGGGGGAAAUCGACUAUUUCCUCGGAAAAAAUGCUAUUGAGGAGAAGGAAUACGAAAACAAGAUCAAGAAGAGAUCAUCCUCAAUGAUCGAAAUCAAUUACAUUAAAUUCAUCAGAAAAAUUUCAUUUUCACAAUGAAUUUCUUGAUUCGUUCUACAACGACCGUGUAUUCAGAACGAUCACCGAUUCCAGAGCCUCGUGUUGAUACUCAUCAAAGAUCAGCAUCCGCUGGUUCUUCUUACGAGGCUCAUAAAUCCGACGUUCCUUAUUCUUCGAGGUACGAUCCUAAUGUCGAAUUGAAUUCGAAGAAUCGUGAUUUGCCGGAGAUUGCUGUUGUUGAUAAGCAUGUUGAUGUUGAUGAAGAUGAUGGAUGGAUCACCAUUCCAUGCAAGGAACUUCCUGAAAACUGGGACCAUGUGCCAGAUAUACAGUCACUGCGCUCUCUUGAUCGUUCCUUUCUUUUUCCGGGUGAACAAGUUCAUAUCUUGGCAUGCUUGUCUGCAUGUAAGCAGGAUACACUGUUUACUGCACCAUUUGAAGUUGCUGCUACGACAAGUAAGAAUGGCAUAGAUCACAGCCACGAGAAAGAAAGUGGAAGCAUUGAAAACAGACACAAUUUAGUCUCUGAAGAAGGGGAACUGAGUACCAGUGGUGAAGAGCAGCCGGCAGAUAUUUUUUAUGGCGACUCCCUUCGUCACAGGGAGGUUCACAAAAGACAAAUUGCUCUGUUGUUGCAAAAAUUUGAAAAUUCUCACUUCUUUGUGAGGAUAUGCGAGUCCAACGAGCCCCUUUGGUCCAGAAGAAACUCUUUAGAAAAAAAUUCCAGUUCCUCUGAAACAAAUAAUCAAAAGGUCUCAAUAAUUAAAACUAAAGAGACGGCAUUCCCUUCUACUGGUGCAGUUAUAGAUAGAGGAAAUUUUGAUGCAACUACUUGUGGUGGAACGGCGAGAAAUUUUGUCAAGUGUUUUGCUUUACAGAAUGGAGACAUAGUGGUUCUUUUACAAACGAAUGUUGGUGUAAGUUUUCUCAAAGACCCUUGUAUAGAAAUUCUCCAAUUUGAAAAGUGCCGGGAGAGAAUGCUGUCUUCUGACAGUCAGGUGGAUGAAGUUUGUACUGAUCAAGAUCCAUAUGCAGAGCUGUUAAAUUGGAUGCUUCCAUUGGAAAAUGGGAGGCCUCAUCAUUUAACUUCAAAUUCAGGAUUAGAUAGCAAUUCUAAUAGGUCCAACUUUUCAGCACCAACUGGCUCUCAGUUAUUCUCUUUUGGCAAUUUCAGAAGUUACUCCAUGUCAUCAUUACCCCAAAAUACAAUAACAUCCAGUGCUCCUGUUAAAGCAGCUAGUUCUAAGCCAAACUUUGACCAUGAGGAUUGGGAUCAAGUUUCAUCUCAAAAAGUCUUUUGGAAAAAAACUGGGAAGGAAGAGCUUCUAUCUUUUCGAGGGGUCUCAUUGGAGCGAGACAGGUUUUCUGUUUGUUGUGGAUUAGAAGGUGUCUAUAUACCUGGUAGAAGGUGGAGAAGGAAACUUGAAAUAAUUCAACCCGUCAAGAUUCAUUCUUAUGCUGCUGACUUUAAUUCCGAGGAUCUUCUUUCUGUUCAGAUAAAGAAUGUAGCUCCUGCCCAUGCUCCAGAUAUUGUGAUAUUUAUAGAUGCCAUAAAUAUUAUUUUCGAGGAGUCAACAAAAAAUGGAGAAGUGUCGUCAUUGCCAAUUUCAUGCGUUGAAGCUGGAAAUGAUCAUUCUUUACCAAAUCUAGCCCUCAGGCGAGGCGAAGAACAUUCUUUUAUUCUUAAAGCAGAAACUUCUAAGUUGAAGAGUCUCAAGGCUCAGUAUGAUAGAAGUUCCCGUUUGUCAAAGCUACCAUAUGGAAAUAAAAUAUCAAAAUUAAGUCAUGAUCAGUAUGCAAUUAUGGUGUCAUGUCGAUGCAAUUAUACAUCUUCAAGGUUGUUCUUUAAACAACCAACUAGCUGGCGACCACGAAGCUCGAGGGAUAUCAUGAUCUCUAUUGCAUCUCAGAUGUCAGGAAAAUCUCGUGGAGAUUAUGAUAAAACUUACCAACUUCCCGUGCAGAUCUUAACUCUUCAAGCUUCAAAUUUGACAUCUGAAGAUCUAACUUUGACAGUGCUAGCUCCAGCUUCAUUUACUUCCCCUUCAGUGGUUUCCCUGAAUUCACCGAGAACUCCAAAGAGUCCUUUUAUUGGUUUCGCCGAGUUUUUAGCGAGAGUAAAUGGUGAAAGAAGGAUUGGUUCCAAAUGGAAAAAGGGCUUCAAUUCUAUUAUUAAAAAAAAGGUGGAACAAAGUUACGAUGGCAAAGCUCAGGAAGUUUCUUUGAGUGAUGAUGUCAUUCCCAGUUCCGGUAUCAGUUGUACACAUCUAUGGUUGCAAAGCAGAGUUCCACUUGGAUGUAUUCCGUCUAAAUCCGUAGUCACUGUCAAGCUUGAACUACUUCCAUUGACUGAUGGCAUAAUUACAUUGGACUCUCUGCAAAUCGAUGUCAAGGAAAAGGGUGUUGCUUAUAUCCCUGAAUCCUCCCUGAAGAUAAAUUCAACUUCCGGCAUGUGCAAGGGGAUUAUGUAGAACGGACUAUUAGCUGUUCGCAUUUCCUUCUGCAUUUUCUCUGGUGCACUAUAAACAAAAAUUAAUGCCUUGGUUCAACAUUUCAGAAUUGUUUAUGGAACCUACUCUAGGUGGAUUUCCUUGGAAAAAAAAAUGAGGAUUUGUUUUCCUGAACUUUGAAAGUGCUCUUGCAACUUAAUGUCAUUGGGAAACCGUAAGUCACUUGGUAUGGAAUUGUGAUGAAGUUGGCAUUUCGAAUUUGUGUUGACCAUGAUAUCACACUAGCUUAAGUAGUGACUUCUUACUACCCACCCACCUUUUUUAAGGGGAAUAAUGUUUUAUUUGUAUGUGAAUUAUUUUGACUCUUCUAACUGGAAAAAGUGAGUGCCUCUUGAUGCAUUACACUGGACAGCUGCAACUGAGUGCUUGCCGACUGACCAAGUUUUUCACAUUUUAUGAUUUAUGUUUGGUGAGAAAUGAAAAAAGAGAGAAAGAUGGUUAAAUACUUCAAAUUUGAAUGAAUAGAAAAAGUAACAUCUCCUAGAGAAAAUGUUGGAU